UGCUGACGAGGUGACAGCGUCCUGGAUCUGAAACUAAUCUUCAUCACAUCAUUUACCAUUUUUGUCUCGCGUAUCACCAAUCUGUAUAGACGAAACCCUCAACAAAAGCAAAGCGAGCAAGUACAUGGCGGAGAAAAGUGUAAUUAUGGGAAGCAGUGAAACCAAUGCCAGCCCAGUACCGAGGAAGGUCCUACGUUCAGGCCGGAACAAUAGGUGUUUCGAUCAACAUGUACCAACAAUCACAAUCACUCCGGCAGUGUUUGUACAUAGUGGGCGUGACGUGCCAUCAUGCAUUUCUGAUUGCAAAUGGCUCCAGGACUGUUACUACACGAGUCUAGGGAUAUCCCAAACCAUUACUCAAGAAUCUGAUUCUGAAAUAAGUCCCGUAGAUCCCCAAGAAGAUGGCAAUCUGCUCAAAGCGCAAAACGGUGGCUUCAAGAUAAUUAAUCCUAGUCGUCGAGAGGGAAAUAAACUUGACUUAAUGAGAACGAAAUCCACGCCCACAUCCAUUUUCAAUUCAUCAUCCCCUCCGUCCAGAGACAGGCAGCAGAUUCAAGGUUGGUCGAAGGGCCCUGGUAGACAGGGCUUUCUGUGUUCGGAAUCAGAUUCUUGUUUGUAUUCGACAUCACUGCAAAAACGAAGUAAAUGUGGAACAUUGGAAAGGGUCGCUGCCGCCGAUCAACCCCUUGUGUUUCACUCUCACGUCCCUGCUGGGAGUAAGGAGCAACGUUAUCUUUCAAACAAGCUCUGCGACGAGUCCUACAACGCCAUGAACGCGGUGGAUUCCAAGACGUCGCCUACGAUGAAAUCGAACGUAAAAUUGGCAUGGACCUCACCCAAUUAGAACUUGGAUGGAUCUCAAAAGAUCGGACAGGAUUUCGAAAUUGGGCAACUAGGACGUUACCAGCGACAACCUAUGACGUUACCACCAUGACCAAGCCAGAAGGACUCCGUAUACCGUCCCGCGACUGUCCAUCGCCCAAUUUGAUUAGACCCAUUAGUUCUUAUAGUCAACAAGGGAAUAAUAUUGA